CCCUCCCCUACAGUCCAUCUCCAAGCAGCCGCGUCUGAUUGGAUAAAGGCACGGCUACCUCACCGAGGAAAAUAUGAAUAUAUUGUCCGGAGGUACAAGGAAUCAAUGCACUCAGGUCUUCGCCACGAAGCAUCAGGCUGUUAUUUACUAGCCGGAGAGCCCAACCACCCUGCUUUGCAAAUAUGUCGUUAUCUGUUAAGGAGAAAGACCAUAUCAGGCUGGUAUUCUUAGGAGCAGCAGGUGUGGGAAAAACAGCUCUGAUCCAUCGAUUUCUACAGGAUACCUUUGAUCCAAAGCAUAGGAGAACAGUGGAAGAGUUACACAGCACAGAAUACGAAACCGUAGAAGGGACUCAAGUGACUAUUGAAAUUCUGGACACCACUGGAAGCUAUGAAUUUCCAGCUAUGAGAAAACUGAGUAUGCGUUGCGGAGAUGCGUUUGCUCUGGUAUAUUCUGUAGAUAACCCAGAAUCCUUUGAAAUUGUACAAAGAUUGAGGGAAGAGAUCCUGGAUGCGAAGGAGGACAAAAGCCCACCUAUGGUGGUGAUCGGCAACAAGAAGGACAAUGGUGAUGCCCAGAAGGUGCUCUGGGAUGACGUGAUGGGAAUGGUCGAACUUGAGUGGAACUGUCGUUUGUUGGAGACCUCGGCAAAGGAAAACCUGAACGUGACUGAAGUCUUCAGGGAAUUACUACGAGAGGUCAACCUGCCCUGCCGAUUAAGUCCGGCGCUAAGGAAGAGAAGGGAGACGAUUCCCAAUGAACAGAACCGUAAACCUCCAAUGAACAAGACAAACAGCUGUAGCGUUUGUUGACAUCUGACCAUCCUUUAGACUAACGCCACCAAAACCGACUCUUAUAGGGAGUGCAUACCGGAUGAAACCUGGAAAAGAUUGUCUAACACAUUCAAGAUCCCUAACAUGAAGAACUUACUAUACUG